UGGCAGUCAUAGACCAAAAUUCACUUCCGACACAAGCAUAUUAUCACACCCAAAUAACACAUAGCCAACAACUUUCUGUAACAAUAUGUUCAAUGACGAGAAGAACUGUGAACCUUUCGAUCCCUUUAAUGUCGGUCCGCCCAACUUCGGCCAGCGCGUUGAUUUUAAACUACCCUGCUAUCCGACAUAUCCCCCGCCAGUGCUUUCCAAUAUCCCGCCAGCCAAGAAACCCAGCAACUCUGUUGGUUUUCAAGACUUGCAGCCCAAGCCGAGCGGAGCAACAACAAGUUCUGUCAAAAUGGCCCGAUCCCAAAUGGGCGAAGUGGCCAUUUCAAAGGCCAUUAACGAGGAAAUGGCCGCUACCAAACAGCAGGCAGUUGACAAACGACGCAUCGAUGCGGGUGGCAUAUCACAGACGGAAUUGCCGCAUAACAAUUUGAAUGCAGCCUCACAUGCAUCUAUCAGGACUCUGCUGCCUAUUAACAGAGGAAACAACAAUGCGGCACCAUCGCAGACAAGCGUCCGUUCUACAAUAAGCACGGCCAGUGGCAAAAGUACUUCGGAGGUGAACAGGGAAAAGGCUGCCAAGCAGGUAGUUCCAUCUAGGACUAGUAUGGCAAAUGCUAUCACCCCAUCAAAGAAGAGCCUUUCUGCUGCCCCAUCCAAGAAGAGUUUGUUAAACGACUCCGCAGUUGUUAAUUUAUCAAAAAAAAGUAUAGCUCAAGCUUCUGAAGGGGCAGAGCCAUCCAAAAGAAAUCUAAUGAACGAAUCGAAAUCGAAGACCAGUGCAUUAAAGGAAUCCAAUACGACGAGUCCUUCGGAGGCCAGCAUGCAGUCGCAGACUCCAACGCAAGCAGUCGAUGUCAGAAAUUCCAACACAAGUUCCACGUCACAACAGGAAGUGAACCACAGGGCUAGACCAACAGGAAACAGUGCUAUUAAAAAAGUUCAGCAGCAAUUCGAGACAGACUCCCCAAAUUCUGAGAUAAAGUCACUUAACGAACAGGUUUCAGCGUUGACUGACCGGCUCAAAGCCGGUAAUGAGAGACAAUUCAGACGCUACCAUGUUAUUCCUGAGCCCUGCACGAAUAGGGAGCCCGAGAAGCUAUCUCGCGGUGAUCGCAUGUCCUACUUGUAUGACGAUGCAGUUCUCUUUUAGAAUAAAGCGUACCAAACCGAAAAUAUACAUUAAAUAACGAAAUUAAACUACAGAAAAAAUCACAAAGAAGUA